GAUGAACUUCAUCAGACACAAGCAGAAGCUUUGACGUACGAUGACUGGCUAGACGCCAGCUUAAGGUUGGAUGUACUUGAAGGUAAUGAUUCAUGGAAAGAUGUUACCGAGUCAGACUUGUACGAUUACAAAGCAGUGGCUACUCAGCUCUCUAAAUUGAAGGAAUUCAGAGCCAAUAAAGACUACCAUCAAAUAUUGUACGCAGUUAGAACAUGCUGGAAAAGAGACUUCGCAGGCAUAAACAACGAAAUGCUAUAUAAGAAAUCACACGUAGGAACAAAGAAGCUCAUAUCAGAAUACAUUGAGGAAUGUGUUAAAUGCAUGGAAUGUUUAGUGUCGGAGGAUUGCCCUAUCAAUGACGAGUAUAUCCUAGAAGUGUUACUUGAAUCCAAAAGGAACUAUGGCCGAGGUGCCAUCACCAUGAGUGGAGGGGGUACGUUCGGCCUUAUUGGAAUAGGAGUGUUUUCAACAUUGCUAGAAAAAGACCUCUUCCCGAAAAUAGUGUCCGGUUCCAGUUGUGGUUCCAUUGUGAGUUCAAUAAUGUGUUCAAAAACAAGUGAUGAAAUUAAACAAAUUUUAUCGAGCUUGUUUGAUAACACAUUUGAAGUUUUCAACGUGGAGACCGAUCGUGACACCUUUUACACUCAUCUUUCAAGACUAUUGAAGUAUGGAGUUUGGUUCGACAGCAAAUAUUUACAACAAACAAUGAAAGGUUUCCUAGGAAAUAUCACAUUCAGAGAAGCCUACAACAAAACCGGGCGGAUUCUCAAUAUAACUGUCUCUUCCGCUACUAUACACGACCAACCAACCUUGUUGAACUAUUUAACUGCUCCUAAUGUGUUGAUUUGGUCCGCUGUUUGCGCAAGUUGUUCAUUGCCCAUUGUGUUUGCAUCAUCUACGAUUUUCGAGAAAAACAUUGAAACCGGUGAAAUCAAUGAAUGGUCAAAUCCGUUGCUCAAAUUUGUAGACGGAUCUUUGAACUCAGAUUUACCAAUCUCAAGGCUAUCAGAGAUGUUUAAUGUGAAUCAUACCAUUGCUUGUCAAGUGAACCCCCACAUCUCACCCCUAGUAAAACUUUCAUCCGAAUGCAGGGACUUGGAUAGAAGUGGAGUCAUAUGGAACCUGAAAUUGUUGCUGUUCAAACUUUCAGGGAUACUUUCACUAGAACUUUCUCAUUAUUGUGAUAUUUUGAACGAAUUGGGCAUAAUGAGCAACUUAGCCACAAAGUUGAAGCAAAUGAUGACCCAAUCAUAUUGUGGCGAUAUAACCAUCUUGCCCGAGCUGGCAAUGGGAGAUCAGUCAAAGACUUUAGUCAACCCAACUCCCACAUUCAUAUGGAAAUGCAUCCUAGAAGGUGCACGAGCAACUUGGCCAAAACUUUCGAUGAUAAAAGAUCAGUAUACUGUGGAGUUUGCAAUGGAUAAAUACAUCAGUGUAUUACGUUCACGUGUGGUUUUU